UAUACCGGUAGUGCUCUCACCGCACACACAGUGAAUGUUGUGCAAUGUUUGCGAAUCUUUUUGGGUGGAGUUUAUGUCCGUGUCUUCUCGAACCAGCCCUGCAAAUUGGUGGUCCUGUUCUGAGACUAUAUUUCCGAUCACGUGGGUGGAGAUGUCGAGCAAAGUGAAAGUUAGAAAAGGGACUACAAAGUUAGGAGCGAUUGCUUAUUAAAAUCUACAUUGUGUGCGCGGCUUUGAACGACAAAAGAAGCAAAUGGCUUUAAAUAUUUCACACUGACCUUUUUGGAAAACUGAAAAAACGAACAUUGUUUCUACGGACAAAGCCGCUGCCUGCCACCUGAACAGCCCACGGUCUUAUUGAAAUUGAAUAUCUUGGUGCUGCCUAUGGUACAUUCACAGAACAAGAGGAGUGUCAUUCUGUAUCCUGCAUUGCAAAUGGUGUCUUCAGUUCUGGUGCUGUGUGUGCUGUGUGCUGGAGCCUCUACAGGGAGUUCCAGUCUCGCUGCGGGGCUGACUGCACCCCGCCCCGCAGACAGCUGUUAUGACUGGGGCACGUAUGGGACCAUGCAGGUGUACGAGGGGGAGACCGGGAGGCUGAGCUGUCCGCUGUUCUCCAACACCAUGAAGUAUAAUUACAGCGCCGCCCAGGCGACAGGACUCACUCUGGUCUGGUAUUGGACCAGACAGAACCAGGACCUGGAAGAGCCCAUCAACUUCCGCCUCAAAGACCACCGGAUCAGCAAAGAAAGGGACAUACUGUGGUUCCGUCCCACUUCCGUAAACGACACCGGAGCCUACAUCUGCAUGCUGAGAAACAACACUCACUGCUACAAGAUCGCUGUUCCGCUGAUCGUCCUUCAGAAGGAUCCUGGCUCCUGUGUCAGCUCACACGUCCAGCCUGACAGCAUAAUGAUCCCCCUGGAGCAGGAUGAAGAGCUGUCCUGUCCCGAUAUUGAAGGGUAUUACCCGGCACAAGAAAAGCCUCCAAUCAUGUGGUACAGAAACUGUCUACCAGUGGAGUCCUACAGUGAGAGGCAAGUCGUGUACAACAAAAUACAUUUUAACAUAAUAAGAACAACCCAUGCUGGGAACUACACCUGCAUUGUGAACUACACUGCAAAUGGAACCACUUCCACCCUAACAAGGACCAUAUUUGUUAAGGUAGUAGGCUCAUCUGUUUUGCAAAAGAAACCUGUCAUCCACAAUCCUAACGACCAACGCCAUAUUAUUGUGAAACUGGGUGCCCUGACCAACUUGUCCUGCCAGGUGUUCUUUCACUUUUUGAUGAACUCCGAGACUGAGGUGUGGUGGACCAUCGACGGGAAGAGAGAGGAAGCCUUCACAGAUCCGCGGGUUCAUAUCUACACCAGUGUUGAGUCUACAGAACUGGAGGAUAAGACCAUAACAAAGACUCUGCAAAUCAAGGAGUUCAGCUUGCAGGAUGUGAAGCGGAACUAUACCUGCUUCGCACGAAACGUCCUCGGAGAAGUGAACAGACAGGCCAACUUGACAUUGACAACUCCCAUACCCACAGUAGAACUGGCCUGUGGUCUGGGGGUCACCCUGUUCCUCAUGAUCUCGCUCUUCAUCGUCUAUCAUGUGUACUGGCUGGAGCUGGUCCUGCUGUAUCGGGCUCACUUCGGAACAGAUGAAACUGUCACAGAUGGAAAGGAGUAUGAUAUCUACAUUUCUUACGCACGGAACGCAGAAGAGGAGGAGUUUGUUCUGCUCACGCUGCGCUCCGUUCUGGAAAACGAGUUUGGCUACAAAGUGUGCAUCUUUGACAGGGACAGUCUACCUGGGGGCAAUGCGGCAGAGGCAGUGUUGAGUUUUAUUCAGCGUAGCCGCAGACUGAUGAUCAUCCUGAGUCCAGAUUACGUGAAUGAAAAGAGCAUCAGCAUGCUGGAGUUCAGACUCGGGGUUCUCUGCCAAAACACAGGUGACACCAAAAUCAUCGUCAUCCAUUACAAACCCGCCGGCACCCCCUGCACGGAGCUCCUGCAGCUCAAACAAACAGCUUUCAUCAAGUGGAAGGGGAAGAAAUCCAAGAGCCCCCAGUCCAAAUUCUGGAAGGUGCUACGCCUGGCCCUCCCUUUGAGGACCUUGGCUGCAGGGGUCCGCUUGAUAGACAGCUCCUCCUCCCAUUCGGACAUCAGCGUGGAUCGGCGUCCAGCGAGAAAGGAGGCGGGCAAGAAAACGAGGCCGAGCGUCGCAUCGAAGCCUACACAGAGCUCCAGCACGAAAUCCAGAAGAGGAGCCUCUCCUUGCAUGUCCUGCAGGGUUUGUGUGACCUACCGGGACAAUGAGAAAGUGGUGCAUUGCCUGAGCUGUGGAGCCUCACAGCUGGGGUGGCACAGCCACCUCUCCACAACCAAGAACUACGGCACUGAAAUCAGCUGGACUCACGUGAGACCUAAACUAGACUUCCAGCAACACGGGGCCCCAGCUCAGAGACAUACUCACCACUGCUCCCCUGCCUGCCUUAUCCAAUCAAAGAGGCAGCUGUGUUCUUUAGCAGGUAGACUGGAACAGCCUUUGUAGGACGAAUCUGCAAUAUAUUAUUUUUUUUAUUUAAAAUAUGACUGGAAACUAGUAUGAAUUUAGGAGGAAUGGGUACUUUCCUUUUUUGUUUUAAAGGAAUGCCUUUGGAUUUAGGUGCAUCCAGGGGUGUUUCACAAGGACUAUGACUGACGUACAGUGCCAACCAUGGCUGCUAUUUGCAGCAGCAUUAGCUCAGCAUGUACCGGUACAGGGUACUAAUUGAUAAAAUAAAGGUUUAUCACUUAUUGAAAUGGAACACAAAAUGGGAUGCGUUGCAGAGCUGUUUGGUUAUAGGGAUUCUGAAAGUAAAACUACAGAACACUUGUCUGGUGUAAUUCAGGCUAUUUCAGUGUGGAACAAAGGUAAACGUGCUGGUUCAUUGUACUGUACUUGUCAUAGUGUUAUUGGAGUUUUUAUUCAGGAUAUCACAGCACCACCUGCUGGAGAUUUAACACAUUACAACAGACGGCACAGAACCUCAUCCAAACCCUGUUCAGGUAAUCAGACUGAACUGCGUUAAUAGAGCGUGGACUGGCUGCAGAAGAGGACACUUGCACCUGCGAUUUGAGUGUCAGGAAUGCAGGAACACACACAUCUGCUUGUAUAAGGGAAUAUAUAAAUACAAUGAGACGCUAUGCAUCCAGUAUUAAUACAAACAUGAUCAGUUAACAUGCAAUGAAUAAGAUGCCACACAUGUUUUAAUAGACUUAAACCAUUUUUAAUGUGUUAUGCAAAAUGUACAGUGUAAAGCCAUGGUAAACCAUGAAAACUCACAACGUGUCUCU